UACCAACUUAAAGGUCGUGUUUACAUUUGUGCUACUUGUUGAUUGUUGUUUGUGGAUAGAAUUAUGAGAGUUGUAUUGAAAUUCGCGUUGCUGUUAUCGUUGUGGUGUACGGUGCGAUGCUGCGACGACGUGCUCGAAGAUCAUCUGGCGACGAAAUCGCCGUACAGAUUCGUCGGUAAUCGGAAUCACAGCAGGCUGAGUUUUGCAGGAUGUGAACCGUCGAAGGCUUGGAUGCUGAUCAGACAUGGGACGAGAUACCCAAGUGAUGAUUAUGUGAGUGCGAUGCAGUCGAGGUUGCCGGUGAUGAGGGAGAUCAUACUGUCCAAGGAGAACGGGAUCUUCAGGAGUGACAGGGAUUCUCUGCGCAAGUGGAAGUUGGAUUUCGGUGAGGAGGAUGCAAAGAAGUUGACUGCGGAGGGGGCCAACGAGAUGGUGGAGAUUGCAGAGAGGAUGCAGUCUAGGUUGCCGGAGAUCUUCUCGCACAUCUACAGCAACACGUCGUACAACUUCAAAUUCACGAGCACGCAGAGGACGAAGGCGAGCGCCUACUAUUUCGCAAAGGGACUUUUCGGAAAGCCGACAGCGAAGGACGUGCACUUUCCGGAACCGCUCAAACAAGAUCCCAUAUUGAGGUUUUACAAGUUGUGCAACAAGUGGAGGAAAGAGGUGAAGCAUAAUCCGAAAGCUGUGAAGGAGGCGACCACGUUCAAGGCUGGUCCGAUGGUGAAAAAAGAGUUGACGCGCAUCGCCAAGAAAUUGGGGGUGCAUGAGAAAAACCUGAGUUUCGAUGACGCCCACUACAUGUACAUGACGUGCGCCUUCGAGACUGCUUGGAGCCGCAAGAAGAAGUCACCGUGGUGCGCCCCGUUCGACGUGAAUUCGGCGAAGGUGUUCGAAUACGCCGAGGAUUUAAAGUACUAUUGGGUGGACGGGUACGGGCACGACAUCACCUACAAGCAGGCAUGUCCGGCGUUCGGAGACAUGCUCGGUCAUUUGGGCGACACGACAUCUCCGUACCCGAAGGCGACCCUCUACUUCACGCAUUCCGGCACCCUGCUGAAGAUGCUCUCGCACUUGGGUCUGUACAGGGACGAGCGACCUUUGAGGCACGACAACUACGACGAGCAUCGCCUGUGGAGGAGCAGCCGCAUCGAUGCGUUCGCCACGAACAUCGCCUUCGUCUCGUACAAAUGCGGCAACGAAAUCUCGCUGCUCGCGUUGCACCAGGAGCACGUCGUCAGAUUGCCGAGCUGCCCCGACUCUGAUCUCUGCCCGCUGUCCAAGGUGAGGAGCUACUACGAGGAGAGCUUGAACAGCUGCAGCUUCGACGACAUGUGCAACAACACGAACAGCAACAAUUGACAGGAUGAAUGUAAUAGUAGUAGUAGUAGGGUGGAGAAAGACAAGAAGGUACAUGUAUAACAUGACAUUUCCAUCUCGAUUUAUUCUCACCGGUGGAAUUGAACGGGACGGAUGUAUCUGUAUUAAUCAUCAUUAUCCACCCCAUCUUCAGCUCGCCCCGUCCGUUCCAAUCCCAGCCUCAGAAACAAAAAAAAAAAAACAAAAUCACAGAAGAAAAAAAAAA